AUGCACGCCAUCCUCGCAAAGAAUGGUGCCAACCGCGCCAUCAGUUUCGUUCUCGAGUACGCCGUCGGCAAGCUCCACGUGACGGUUCAAAACUUCAUCCAGAUGUAUCAGCCGGCCAUGCUCAUCGUUGGCGACGAGGGCCGCUCGCUCGGCGGUAUGCAUGGGAUGGUCAACGCCCGCACCUCGAUUUCCACGUACUGCCUGGAAUACUCGCCCGUGCCCGUUAUCGUCGUACGCCUGAGCGAACAGCGCAUCAAGAAGACGGUGGAGCAGGCAAAUGACUCGUCUGCAUAA